AUGCUUUUUCGUGAUGGUAAGUCGGCUGUCGUGACAUCUUCCUCUCUGGUUUCUUCUGUCGUGCCUUCUACUGCCAUCAGACCUUCUGAAGCGGCUUUGUCUGUUCGGGGUGCUUCUGCUGUGGCUUCUUCUGCUGUGGCUUCUUCUGCCGCGGCUUCCUCUGCUGUGGCUUCUUCUGUUGUGGCUUCUACUGCUGUGGCUUCUACUGCUGUGGUUUCGUCUGCUGUGGCUUCUUCUGAUCGUGCUUCUUCUGCUGUAGCUUCUUCUGCCGUGGCUUCCUCUGCCGUGGCUUCUUCUCGCCUGAGAUCUUCGCUUGUAGCUCCUUCUGUCGUGGUACCUGCUGUUCUGGCCUCUUCUGUUGCGGCUUCCUCUGCCGUGACUCCUUGUUCCGUUGCUUCUUCUCCUGUGGCCUCUUCUGGCGUGGCUCCUUCCGUCGUGGCUCCUUCUGUCGUAGCUCCUCUUGUGGUGAUUCCUCCAGUGGUGGUUUCGUUGGCCGUAGUGCCUGAUGCUGUUGAGUUCUCUGAUGUAGUUACUCCGGCUAUGCUGGCCUUCGCUGUAAAACGUUGGAAGGACGUGGUAUCUCGCGUAGUGCCUCCGGGUGUAUUGCCUUCUGGUACGGUGACAUUAAACACCACAAACACCUCCAACACUCUCCACAGCACCAACAACAUCAUCAAAAACAAUUGUUCCCACUCGGUCGAGGCAAGUAGCACUGCCACUACUGCUUCUGUCCCAGCUUCAGUAGGCAAAACCACCACCAAUUUCGCUCAUGCCGUCUCUGCUUCUGUUGCUGCGGCUGUUGUCAACACCACUGCCGUCAAAUCUACCGCUGGUUAUAUUGGCAACUUCCCUAAUACCAACAACGACAUCAUCAGCAGCACCACUAUUACCCCCAUCACCAAUACCACUACCACCACCGCCACCAAUAAAACAAACACCAAUACCACCAACAAAGCCCGUGUUAGUCGAGCACGCGCUUUGAUCCGUGGUCGAGUUCGUUUUGGUCCUGGUGAUGCUAGGCCUCUGCGCAUUAAAUGCGCACGUCGAUAUCCUGGUUUGGUUCCCUCUGGGGUUAUCAUAGAUGAUCCCAUGGAUAUCGAUAAUCCCAUGGACAUCUCUGCCACUCCUGCUGCUAGAAGCACUGUGAUGUUGUCUGUUGGCUCGGCGCCAUCUUCUGUCCUUGUCUGCCCUUCUUUGUGCGAUGCUCCCGUCUUUGUUGGACCUUCCUUUGUGGAACGUGAUGCUGUGGGUACGUUUGUUGGCGCACCGUUUGCAGUUGACCCUGUUGGCUCGCCCGCCUGUGUCGGUCCUGUGUUUGAUGAACCAAUGGAGCUUGACCCUGCUGUUGUUGGUCCUUUUGCUGUUAAACCGUCUGAUGUCGACUCUGUUUGCUCUCCUUGUGUUCGUCCUGUGGUUCGUGACCUGUGCGAGAUUGAACCUGCUGCUGUUGGUGCUUCUUCUGGUGGAUCGUCUUGUGUGAAGCCUGCUGUUGUUGCUGUUUCUGCGUCGCCUGGCUUGUCGUCUGCCUCUGCUCCUGUUCCUCUUUCUGUCUCUUUGGUGGAUAGAAUUGAGUCCACUUCGGUGGAGUAUGUGGAUCCGGACGAAGCGUUUUUCGCGCAAUUAGCUUUGGAGCCAGAUGAAUAUUUGGACAAUUUGGACGAAUAA